AGGAGUGAAGAGUAAGUUCUGCAUCUCGGUCCACCCUCUGCUCUCCAAGGCACAGAGACCAGUGAACAGACCUCACCAUGGAAAUGUACAGAUCUUCCAGCAUCCGAUCCUCCUCAGGAAGCGGAAUGGGAAGCUUUGGCAUGAGAAGUGGAGGUGGUUCAUUUAGGAAGGCUUUCUCUGUGCAUGGCGGUUCAGGCGGCGGUGGAAUUAGAUCCUCAGUGGCCAGCUACACCCUCAGCGCAAGGGGUGGUGGAGGUGGUGGAGGUGCCGGUGCUGGCUUUGCGUUCGGCAUGGGUGCAGGUGCUGGAGGUGCUGGAGGAGGCAUGGACCUCCACGUUGGAGCCAAUGAGAAGGCCACCAUGCAGAACCUGAAUGACCGUCUGGCCACUUACCUGGACAAGGUGCGCAAACUAGAGGCGGCCAACGCUGAGCUGGAGCUGAAGAUCCGCCAGUUCCUGGAGAGCAAGACCUCCCCCACUGCAAGAAACUACGAUGCUUAUUAUGCAACCAUCGCCGAGCUGCAGGGAAAGAUCCAGGAUGCCACCAGGGUCAAUGGUGGAAUCUAUCUGGCUAUUGACAACGCCAAACUAGCAGCAGACGACUUCAGGAUCAAGUAUGAGAAUGAACUCGCCAUGCGCCAGUCAGUGGAAGCAGAUAUCGCCGGCCUGAAGAGGAUGUUGGAUGAGCUGACCUUGGCCAGAUCAGACCUGGAGAUGCAGAUUGAAGGCCUGAAGGAGGAGCUGAUCUUCCUCAAGAAGAACCACCUUGAGGAAAUGGCUGCCAUGAAAGACUCUAUGGCUGGACAGGUCCACGUUGAGGUCGAUGCAAAACCAGGUAUUGACCUGAACGCUGUCAUGGAAGAGAUCCGUGAGCAGUACGAGGGUGUUGCUGCAAAGAACGCACGAGACCUGGAGGCCUGGUUCCUGAAGAAGACAGAGGAUCUGAACAAGGAGGUGGCUAUCAGCACAGAGACCCUCCAGACCUCCAAGUCAGAGAUCUCUGAUAUCCGUCGCACACUGCAGGGCUUGGAAAUCGAGCUCCAGUCUCAGCUUACCAUGAAAGCGGCUCUGGAAGGAACUCUUGCAGAAACAGAGGCGCGAUACUCCAUGAAACUCCAAAGCCUCCAGAUGCAGGUGACCAGUCUGGAAGAACAGAUCAUGUGUCUGCGUACCGACAUUGAGAAGCAGAGCCAGGAGUACCAAAUGUUGCUUGACAUCAAGACUCGACUGGAGAUGGAGAUUGCUGAAUACAGGAGGCUGCUGGACGGAGAGGCGAGCAAAUCCUCCAGCAGCAGCAGCAGCACCACCACCAAAGUGGUCAUUGUCACGGAGGAAAUGGUUAAUGGCAAGGUGGUGUCCUCUUCUAAGACCACCAGCUAAACUGUCCAAUGAAACAACUGCGUCAGGAACGGCUGAGGACCGAGACAUUCAAUUCCAUGAGUUCCAUCACAAAUAUGCUGGAUUGAAUAAAACUCUCUGAACUUA